AUGAACUCCCAGCACCCACUAGCAAUUAUAGAGUCCACCACACUUUUAGUAGCUCUCCACCUCCUUCCAUCCACCGACUCCUUCCACACCCUUUACAGAACCCGACCCAACAACAGCUUCCCACACCCGCACGCAAAUAUCCACACUCACCAUUGUCCGUGCUUGAACACCCCCUCACCACCCAUUCCUCAGACCUCGACAACGCUCCCCUGCAUCCGCCAUUGUCCACCCACAGGCCCGUCAUUAAGCUUUCCUGAAUCUCCUGCUGUCUACCCAUCAACAAUUCCCCGCGCUCUCCCCUGUCCACAAAGCAAGGCUCCCUAUGCUGUCCAUUGUCCAUUAAACAACACUGCUUCACACCCUCGACUAAUAACUCUCUCUGUACCCGCCACAGCUCAGCCACCAGUAUUCAGCCAUUUCUGCCUCGCACAGCUAUAA